CUUCCUUCCUCGACUGGGUCCCAGAAAAAAAAAUACAGUUGGAGGCUUUUAUAAAUUGGGACUAUGGUCAGCUUUCAGUCGCUGUGUCAGCUUCAGAUCGUCGAACACAGAGGUUUUAACCACAACAGGUCACCGUCGGCAGCUUUUCUAAGAUCGACAGCAUGAUUCCUCCAACACAGGCGCUGCUUAUCGGCGCGGUUUUCCUCUGCGCGCUGGAGGAAACGGUCCAGUCUCACUUAGGACACUGCGCCGAGAAUCAAUGUUUUGCGCUUUUCCAGGAUCCCGAGGAUCAUGCAGGCGCUCAGAAACACUGCAAAGACUCGGGCGGACAGUUAUUAAAGUACAGCUUUGGAGACUUUGUGAAGAUACUUAAGAGUCCGGUCAGCGGUCAUUUCUGGUUGGACGCAUCAGCAGAGGAAGCAGCGGCGGGUCUCCGAGACUGCCCCUCCAUCUUCGUGUCGAUGGGACAGGACCCGACGGUGCUGUGGAAGCCAUGCCGCGACACCAUGGAUGGAUUUCUGUGCCAGUAUACAUUCGAUGAGCCGUGCAGUGGUUUGCUGACAAGUGAAGGCGCACAGGUAAACUACACCAGCCAUUGGGACUUCGAUCUGUACGGUUCGGAAGCGUUUCCACCAGGAACUAUCGCUGUAGAGAAAAAGGUUGACGGUAAAUAUCCGGACUCAAAGCAUAUGUGUUUCUCCAGCGUUUGGUUGCAAGCUCCCUGGAAUUGUGAGGUGUUUAGGGGCGGCUGUGAGCAUAUCUGCGCUUCUCCAUCACCACAAACACACACCUGCCUCUGUCCCGCAGGGACAACUCUCCAUCCCAACAACUUCGCCUGCACCAGAGGUCCGUGCGAGGAGAACCCGUGCACAGGUGAAGAUGAGGAGUGUCAGAUUACCGAGGGAGGGUUUAGCUGCAGGUGCAAAGAUGGCUUCGUUAAGGAGGAUGGAGUGUGUGUAAACGUUUCAAUCUGUGUGAAGUGUGAGCACAUGAAGUGUAACAAAUCCAACGGGGUUUAUGAGUGUGGGUGCCGAGAAGGGUUUAGGGUGUCACCCCACAACCCCACCAAGUGUGAGGUGAUCUGCACUGAGAGAGACUGUCCAGGCCUGUGCAUCCAGAGUCACCCGGACAACUAUCAGUGUUUCUGUCCUGAUGGCUACAUUCAAGACAUUGUAGGCACGAAACCCUUGUGCACAGACAUAAAUGAAUGUGAGAGUGACUCAUGUGAUUUCAAGUGUGAAAACAUAUUCGGUAGUUACAGAUGUUUGUGUGAUGAGGGUUUCAAGCUGGACCAUGAUGGGCACAAGUGCAUACCCAUGGAAGAAGAGGAGGAGGAUGGAUCAGGCUUCACUCACUCAGACCCAACACCCGCAAGUGCCUACCCAGCCGUUGUGCCCUCUUACAUCAAGACCGGCAGCGUCCUGGGUAUCACCGUGUUCAUGGCACUGUGUGCAGCACUGCUGUUUUUCCUGAUCCGAAACACUGUCAAACGUUGUGGCAAAUUUGAGCUGACCUCUUUCAAACAUCCAGAUAUCGAUAUUUACUAUCUGCAGCAGGUGACCACAGAGACGUACAAGAGGUUAUCGUUUGACAAGUCUAAAAAUGACCCAUAGAUACUUAAAUCACACCUGUAAAGAAGUAUGCUGCUUUUGGACCUUAUUCUUAUGGCACAUUGCACUGUUUUCCUUUCUCGGAGAUGUACAAUAAACAGUAUAGGACUGUUUCACAGUUUUCCAUAGGCAGUGUUAAUGGGAAACUGGUUAUCCAUAAAGCUGCAAUCAUAACCUUUUAAAGAAAACCUAUUAAAGGUUAUAACCUUUCACAUGAAAAAUGUCUUCUUUUAAAGAAUAACUGCUUCGAAAGCCUUUUGCACUGUAUAAUAUAUGAUAAUUCCCUCUCUAAAGUUUCUCACCCAAAAAUAUAUUUUACCAGAUUACAGAAUACCACGAGAGCGUUAAAAAUUUACCUUGAUAUAACACACAUUUUUACUGAAUAGAGCUUGAACGCAUCAUAAUGUAACUCAGUGUAACCACUGUCAGCUGUUAGUUGCAACCACCAGCUAUUAACAGCAAACCGCUAAUGAUAACUGGCUCUCUUCCUGCUGAUUUUAACACAGAUUUGUUGUUCACAGUGUUGCACGGUCAGGGGAACAACAAGGUGCGUCCUCUGAUGCAACAAUGGUGAGUUUACUGUGUCUGUUUGUCAUAGUGAUGUCCUAGAGAAGAUUUCUGUUAGUCCCAAAUAUUUUUUAUCAUCUGCGGGACACCAGCUGCUAAUACUCAUAUUAUCACACAACAGUGAGAUCACGGAGCCCAUUUGUCAGUCACUGUGUUCUUCUUGUACCUGCUGAUUAAUUGAAUUUUGUGGCCGUUACUCUCAAACCCUGCUUUUAUCCUGCACAAAAGUGAUGUGACACAACAGAAAACAUCGACCGCUGCCAUCAGUGAAUGUCAUCUUAUCGGCCAAUACCAAUGCUGAGCCGAUAAAUCGGUGCAUCCCUAGUUAUCAAUCCUUUUGUUUAAGAAAUUUAAAAAAAUGAGUUUCCCUUCACAAUUGGGCUAGUUUAUGGAGUUACAUAUAAAAAGGGAUGCUGUUAUACAAGAAAAGACUAAUAGUAAUGGUACUAAAAAAUUAGUAUGAUCACUUUUUUAUAAUAAUUAUAGAGCAGUUUCCUCAAACGGUUAAAAAAAAUCCAGCAAUUUAAUACAAACCACUCAUAGAGUGUCUGUAAAGACAAGAUUGUCUCCUAACAGAACCAGUUUAAUGUUUGAUUUUACUUGUUGCUGUCUAAUAACACUGGACUGCACUGUAGUUCAACUCUUUGUCGUAAAAAGGAAAACUAAAUGUGCCUUUGCCUGACAUCCUCAUGUUGCGUAUCGCAAGUAAUGUAACUUCACGCCGGUUGUAAUAUAAACUGUAUUUGUGAACUUAUUUAGUUAAAUCUUAAUGGUUUUUAUGUUUUGGUAAAAUAACAUUUAAACUUUUAUUAUCAAUACAAGGAGCCAGAAAGUUGUCUGUAGUCAAAUGCACAUGAUGUGUUUGUGUUGGUGUGUGAUACAUGGGAACAGUGAGUCGCUAUGACUGAUGAAAUAUGUGACAUGGUUUGGGAUUUUUGAUAUUUCAGACAGACUUACACUAUGUCUAGUUUUGAAGUGAACCCCGGUUUGUUUCAGGAUGUAUUGGUUGCUAUAGGAACUGUUUCUGUUGCAUAUUAACUCACAGCAGCACGUAUUCCAGCUUUAUAGACCAUUUUCAAAUGUAAAUACCUGAGGGCUAUCAUUCCAAAAUAACAAAUCCAUAUUCUGCAAUGUCUGAUGUUUAGUGACUUUGUGAACUUCGACAUCGAUAUGUCUCUAUGCAUACUUGGAAAAAAAUAAGUCCACAUACUAUUCCACCUGCAGAAUGAAUUGUGACUCUGCAGGUGUUGAUUUGGAAACACAAAUCAUUUUAAGACAUAGCACCACAUUAUACUGCAGAUAGUAGGGAAGAGUGGGGUCAUUUGGGACACUUGUAUCGACACAAAGUAAUCUUCCAUUACUCACAGACUACUUGAACAGUAAUAACAGUCAUUUGAUACCUAAAGAGAUACAGGUGUCUGUUAACAGCUUAUCAAGUUUUUAGAGCCCAAUUCAAAUGCCAAAAGGAGAAAUUCUGUAAAAUAUAAGGAGUGCAUUUUAUCCAAAAUAUUUCUCCCCAGGAUGGUUGGGACAGGAGGUUGGGUAAGUUGAGACUUAAGUCACUUAAAUUUGAGAACAAAAGUAUAAAUUUGAAUGUCUUAUAUUUACAAUGUACACACAUUUCUUUGUUAAAAAGAUAACAUUUGUAAAAUUACAUUUUCAUAAAUUACUGAGAUGGAAUUUGGCUGUCCUUAAUAGGCUACAUGUAGCCUAUAGGUUUAUGUAAGCUAUUGAGUGUGUUUUAUUUGGGGAAAAAAAAAAAAGUCAAUAACAACAACUUGAGAGUUCAGAAAAAGUUAAAUAGUCGACUCUGCACAUUGAAAAUAUGGUCAGGAUUAUUUAUGUAGACCUAUAUUAAGUUCAUGCAUUUCUAUUUUACACUCAAUGACCUCACAUUGGUUCUUAUUCAAUAACAAAAAGCCUUUGUCCUGUUUUUGUCUACUUUUUUGUUGAUUAGUAACAGUGAAAGACCUAUAAGCAAUACUGUCCCAACCAUGCCAAGAGCAGGAAUCCUGUGAUAGCUACCAAAACAAAAUGCAGACGCUAACAUUAGCAUCAACUGAUAAGCCAAAAAACAUCAUCUGUCCCACACGUUUUGUGUUUUUUGUAUGUAGCACAACUAAAACAGUAUGGCAGAAGAAAAAUGACGAGACAAUUUACUGUCCUAACUGACCCUGCUCUCCCCUACUAAAUGAAACAGUUAUAGUUCAGUCACGUUUUGUGCAUCAGAAUAUUACAAAUGUCAGACUGACAUUCCAGUAUUCACUGUUAAUCCUGAGGUGCUGUACUGGCUGUAUAUUGUUACCACUGACAUUCCCAUGAAGUUGGAUGCUGUUCACCUUACUGUAUAACAGACUGCUCUCAGAGCCACAGAUGCUGUGCUGCAGGCUUUGAGAGAUCAACUUAACAUGAAUGUAAAACUGUGCUGCUACGGUCUACAUAUAUGAUAACACAUUUGCACCUCAUUCUGAUAUUCUCAGCCACUAUACUGUAUGUCUGUUUAACAGGCACAAUGCAAGCUUUUACUCAAUGCAGUGUUUGAUUUUUUGGUCGAUGAAUAUGUCACUAUUGAAUGAUAAAUAAAGUGAUAAAGACUAAAA